UGAUUUUUUCUUCCUCCACAGAGGCAUCAACUGCAUUGAUGCAUCAUGCUGGACAUAAGUUUCAUGAGGUGUUUCAAUUAAAACAGGGGCGUUAUGCAGAUCUUUCUGCUGCAAAGAUUUCUGAGAUGAUGAAAUCCAACAGUUUGGAUAAUGCUCCAACUCAGUCACUUUUGAGUGUUGUGAAUGGAAUUCUAGAUGAAAGCAUUGAACGAAAGAAUGGCGAAAUACCUCAUCGAGUAGCUUGCCUUCUGCGAAAAGUUGUGCAGGAGAUUGAACGGCGGAUAUCAACUCAAGCAGAACAUUUAAGAACUCAAAACAACUUGUUCAAGUCACGCGAGGAGAAGUACCAAUCAAGAAUUAGAGUACUUGAAGCCCUUGCUUCUGGGACGGGAGAAGAGACUGGGGUAUGGAAAAUGAUAGUUAAGGGCCACCUUCAACAAAUAAAGAAUGAGAAGGCCAAAAUUGAUGAAAAGAAGCCAAUUGAGGAUGAACAUGUGAUACAAUUGAUGAAAGAGAAGGAGCAAAUAGAUCUUGAACUUUCGAUGUUGAAGAAAGAGUUAGAAAUUUUAAAAAAGACACUUGAACUUGAGAGGUCCAAAAUGGAUGAAAAAAGGGCAUCUGCGGAAGGAGAUGUUAAAAAAUUAAUGGAAGAUAGGGAGCAAACAAAUCUUGAACUUUCAAUGUUGAAGCAAGAAUUAGAAAUAGCUAAAAAGACACUUGAACUUGAGAAGUCCAGAGUGGAUGAGAAAAUCAUGCGCCAGGAGGAUGAUGUGAUAAAAUUAAUGAAAGAAAAGGAGCAAAUGAAUCUUGAACUUUUGGCACUGAAAGAAGAAUUGGAAAUGGCCAAAAAGACACGUGAACUUGAGAAGUCCAAAAUGUAUGAAAAUGGGAAACUUGAGGAUGAACACGUGAUAAAAUUGAUGAAAGAGAAGGAGCAAACAAAUCUUGAACUUUCAUCGUUGAAGCAAGAAUUGGAAGUUGCCAAAAAGAUGUAUGAACUUGAGAAGUCCAAAUUGGAAGACGAGAAAGACAAACUUAAGGAUGAAGAUGUGAUAAAAUUGAUGGAAGAGAAGGAGCAAAUAAAUAUUGAACUUUCAUCAUUAAAGGAAGAAUUGGAAAUAGCCAAAAGAACACAUGAACUUGAGAAAUCCAAAUUGGAUGAAAAGAGAAAACUCGAGGAGGAAGCUGUAAUUAAACUGAUGAAAGAGAAGGAACAAUCAAAUAUUGAACUCUCAGCUUUGAAGCAAGAAUUGGAAAUGACCAAAAAGACAUAUGAACUACAUUGCUUACAAAUGGAAACAGAAGCUAAGGACGCUAAAGCAGAAUUUGAGGAGAGGCUAAAAGAGCUUGGGCACCUCCUGGAAGACUCAAGGAACAAGGUGAAAAUGCUUGAGGCGUAUUCUGAGUCACAAAAUCAAAGCUGGAAAAAAAAAGAACUCAUUUUCCAGAGUUUGACAGGGAUUCAAUUUGGUGCAUUGGAGGAAUUGAGGUUGUCUUCAGAGUGCAUCAAGCAUGAACUUUCAAAAGCACAGAAGAGAUACUCAGAUGAAUUUAAUAUUCUAGGAUUAAAGUUUAAAAAACUAUCAGAUGCAAGUGAGAACUAUCAUUUGGUUCUUGCUGAAAAUCGGAAGCUGUUUAAUGAACUACAAGAUUUAAAAGGAAACAUUAGAGUGUAUUGUCGGGUAAGGCCAUUGCUUCAUGGGCAGGCUGGAAAACGAACAACAAUAGAUUAUAUUGGUGAGAAUGGAGAGUUGGUUGUUGCGAAUCCCUCCAAACAAGGGAAGGAUGGCCAUCGAUUAUUUCGGUUUAAUAAGGUCUAUGGUCAAGAUAGUACUCAAGCGGAGGUAUUUUCAGACACGCAACCCUUGAUACGAUCUGUUCUUGAUGGUUAUAAUGUAUGCAUAUUUGCUUAUGGACAGACUGGUUCAGGGAAAACUUACACGAUGACCGGUCCUAAUGGAGCAACCCCAGAACAAUGGGGGGUUAAUUAUCGAGCACUCAAUGAUCUUUUCCAAAUAUCUCAGAAUAGAAGUGGCUCCUUUACGUAUGAAGUCUGGGCACAAGUGUUCGAAAUAUAUAACGAACAAUUGCGUGAUUUACUAUCAAGUGACAGUUCUCAUAAAAGACUUGGGAUUAAGACAUCAUCCCAAAGCAAUGGGUUGGCUGUACCUGAUGCUACCAUGUACCCCGUCAGAUCAACCUCAGAUGUUAUACAACUAAUGGACAUUGGACUAAACAACAGAGCUGUUAGUGCCACUGCCUUGAAUGAAAGAAGCAGUCGUUCACAUAGUGUUGUCAGUAUUCACGUUCGCGGAAAGGACAUGCACACUGGAGCAACUUUGCACGGUAAUCUUCAUUUGGUGGAUCUAGCAGGAAGUGAAAGGGUAGAUCGCUCAGAGGUAACCGGAGAUAGACUUAAAGAAGCACAACAUAUAAACAAAUCCUUAUCUGCCCUUGGAGAUGUCAUUUUUGCUCUUGCACAAAAGAGUUCUCAUGUACCUUAUAGAAAUAGCAAGCUCACUCAACUCCUUCAAGCCUCCCUAGGAGGUCAAGCAAAAACACUUAUGUUUGUGCAGCUCAAUCCUGAUGUAAAUUCAUACUCCGAAACUAUGAGUACAUUGAAAUUUGCAGAAAGAGUCUCUGGAGUGGAGCUCGGCACAGCUAAAAGCAGUAAAGAGGGUAGAGAUGUUAAAGAUUUAAUGGAGCAGGUGGCAUCUCUAAGAGACACAAUAUCAAAGAAAGAUGGGGAGAUUGAGAGAUUGCAACUAGUUAAAGAUCUUAAAAAUGUUCACCCUGGAUUGAAUGGUGAGAAGCAAGGAACAAGCUUAUCAAAAUAUGGAAACCAAAGACAAUCGGCAAAAGCAACUUAUGAUAAUGACAACUGUUCAGAAAGCAGUGAUAAGCAUUCGGAAGCUGAUUCCCAGCAGUCUCUAGAUGACUUAAAACAACAAAACAGAUUCCUCAAGCAGAUAAAAUUUUCUGGAGUAGACAUAAACCAAGACACCGAAAUGCAAGGAUAUGGUGAUGCAGACCGUGAUGAUAGACUAAGUGACAUUUCUGAUGGUGGUCGUUCUGCAGGUACUGAACCUGCUUGCUUAACAGAUGAAGGCACAAAACUUUUGGAUAGAUCCGAGAGAAGUAAGGCGCUACCUAGGGCAAGAAGCAUGCAAAGAUUAGGACAUACUACACCGGUAUCAAAAGACUCGUCGAGAACAGUAACAAGUACCCGAAAGCCUGCUGCUACUACUACUGCUGCUGCUACUAACUCCACCGCGGUGAGGCCUCCUAAAAGAUGGCAGUAAAUUAGUAAACACGAAUCAAUUAAAAAAAAAAAGUUAUAUUCAAUACACAUUGCACAGGAUUCCUUUAUUCAGGUUGUAAAUUUGCUCACCAAUUUUGAAGUGUCAUGUAGAUUUAUACUCAUAGAUACGUUAAUCGAUUAGGCUUUGUUCUCCCCACUUGCAUGUCUCAAUGUCAUGGUGGGCAUUUUUGUAAUAGUCAGAGUCCAAAAACAAAAAAAGAAAAGAAUUCUAGGUUUGUAUUUUUCCUGUUGAAUUCAUCAGGCUGUAAAUUACUUACUGAUUAAUUGAAUCAUGUACAUAUAUGUACUUUUAUACCUCUCAAAAAUAACAGUCCAAGUAGAAUUUAUCUCA